CCGCGCCUCGCCAUCGAGGGCAACAUCGCGGUGGGGAAGUCCACGUUUGUCCGUCUGCUUGGCAAGGCAUUCCCUGAGUGGUGCGUGGGGACAGAGCCUGUGGCAAAAUGGCAGAAGGUCCAAGCCUUCAAACCCAACGAGGUCUCAUCAUCCCAGAGCUUUGGGAACCUGCUUCAGAUGAUCUACCAGGAGCCAGCCCGGUGGUCCUACACAUUCCAGACCUACUCCUUCAUGACCCGGCUAAAGGCACAGCUGGAGCCCCUGCCGGAGAAGCUGCUGAAGUCUCAGGACCCUGUGCAGAUCUUUGAGAGAUCAGUAUACAGUGAUAGGUACGUCUUUGCCAAGAACCAGUUUGAGAUUGGCUCUCUGGCUGAGAUCGAGUGGACCAUUUACCAGGACUGGCACACUUUCCUUGUGCAAGAGUUUGGGGACCGAAUUGCCCUGCAUGGCUUUCUCUACCUCCGAGCAUCUCCAGAGAAAUGUCUGGAAAGGCUUCGCCGAAGGGCAAGGGCUGAGGAGAAGGACAUCAAGCUGGAGUAUCUGGAGCAGCUUCACGCCCAGCACGAGAACUGGCUAGUCAACAAAAGCACAGAGGUCCACUUUGAAAACCUGAGGAAUGUUCCUGUGUUGGUGCUGGAUGUCAACCAGGACUUUGAGCACAACCUAUCAGUUCAAGAAGAGCUUAUGAGGAAGGUGAAGACUUUUAUAAAGAAGCUGUGAUCUGAAUUGUGGCCUCCCCGCUCCAGUCCUAGCUCUGGAUUUCAGCCAUCUGUGAUCCUGUGGACCAAACAGUGCUGCUUUCUGUCCAAGAGCAGUCAGCAAAUCUGUGUCGAAGGGGGAAAAACCCAUAGCUGGUGGGUUUGAAUGAGUGACAUCUGGAUUCUGGGGUUCUCUUCCAAACCAGCAUGACCUUGGCAGGGAGGGAGAAAAGUUUGUAUGAUUAGGAAUGAUUUCACAGUAACAAAACUCCCUGUGUGUGGGUACUGGGCAGGAAGAAAAGCUCUCAGAGAGUGAUUGCCUUUAGGAGCCUCCCAAUGGUUAUGAGCCUAGAAGAAUGAUCCUAGAAAUGAUGAAGAAUCCCUUUCCAUGUGAGUGAGUGUUUUCAAACUCACUUCCCUUCCGUUAUUAGAAGUUAUCCUUUGCACUGUGUCAUAUACUGUGUUUGCCCAGGGGUGAAGAUGGGUAUGAUAAAAUAUACAGCGUCCUGUGGACGUGCCUGGCUGUUGUUUUGUGCCUAGGCAGAGUUUACUGUUGCUUUUGCUAUUUCACGCUCAUUUUGAACGCAGGUACUUGGUAUGUGAAAGUCAGUGGAUCCCAUAAGAUCUUAUGGCUGGUUCAUCACAGCGGAAAUGGGAAGUCCAGGUGAGUGUUUAGGCAGCCUCUCAAGUUUGCAACCUAAUGCGCUUGCAGCCUCUUGGGCCUUGUGACCUCCAGCUCUGUUUGUGGUCAGCUGCAGUGCUCUGGCAUGCAUUACAUCAGCUGGUUCCAGUCAGAAAGACAAGGGGGGUGGCCUGCUCUAGAGAGCUUAAGAGUGCUUAACUCUGUGUCAGGGAUGACAUGAUGGUGAGAGCAGGAGCUGGGCUCUUUUCCAGCUGACUCACUGUGACUUCAUGCAGGUCACAUAACUUUUCCUGUGCUUACAGUGUCAUUUGAAAGGCAUUUACUCUCCAGAGUAGGUUUGACCUAUAUUAUACCUUGCCAACUUACAGUUCCCACUUACUUUGCCUCCUUGUUUUGGCUGGCAGGGCAGACUGGCUGCCCCCAACACAGCCCAUCCUCAGAGAGUUAACUUAGGAGAGCAGGAUCUGUAGAGGCUAAGAAAGAGAAAAUGUAGGACAUGAGGCUGGAUUUUGAAAGGAGUGGAAGGGAGCCAGGUGCCCACUUCUCUCUGAACCUCAGUGCAACUUGGUUGCCUCACCUGUCUUCCCUUUGGAAAUCCCACCCUAAAUGCACAACCCUUCCAGAGCCUUAAAAUUAGCUCAGUCUCUUUGCUGAAACCAGGUCAGUGUGGGUUGAUUAGGACAUGUAGUCGGGCCUUACAGGAACUUGGAGCCAGAACUUGCCAGUUAGUCCCCUCCAGUCCACAUGACAAAGAGAUGGAGCAGUGCGAGAAACAGGCAACUUAGAAAUGUCAGGGAGAAAAAUGGCUUUGUUCAGACAGCAGCCAGGAUCCCUCCCAAAUGCACAUGCAUGACCUGGUAACCGGUUGUCCUAGGGACAUUUGCCACAUGCUGGGAGAAAUCUUGGCUCCACUGACUUCAGGACACCUGAAUUUCCCUCCUGUGGAUGGAGCAGAGGGAGCUGUGCAUUGCCUGGCUGCUUUUAAGACUUGGAGCUACUUGUAAGUGGUGUUAGGUUGUGUUGCAGCAUUCAGCAGCUGCUAUGACUGAGGCGCAGAAGCAAGCUAAUGUGGAUAUGUGGGGUUUUUUAUACCUGUUAGUAGAGGCUGUAUUUGCUUCCAGGCUGCCUGCCUUUGUGUUCUUAGGAGGACAUGCAUGCACUGUUGGUAGAUGUUUUUAGGGUGCCUAUUUAAGAAAUAGCUGCUUUUUAAAAGAAUUUAAUUCACUGGUUAUUUUCUGAAGGAAAUUCUGUGCAUUGUAUGUAUGAAGUCAGGUUUGUAUGAAGUCAGGACAAACCCUUUUGAAUUAAAUGACUCUUUCCCUUC